AUGGAGACGGCAAGCACGGCGACCGCAGUGGAAGAGACCAACGUGAACAUGGAGACGACGCAGGAAGAGCAUGGGCCGGAGGCCGCCAAGGGCGAAGAAGCGUCGAAGGCGACGAAGCGCGCUUCGACCAAGACCAAGGUCGACGAGAUCCCCGGCGAGCGCCGCAGCGAACGCUCGCGCAAGCCCGUUGCGGUCUUCUCGCUCGCCUCCGAGAACAAGGUCGAGGAAGCCUUCGUGGCGCCGGUCGGUCCUGGCACAAAGCUUCGCGAUAUCCCGUACCUCGCCGAGAAGGUGGCCAAGUGCACGAAGAAGGACGGCGAGCUCCUCACCAAGCUCUACCAAGUCAUGUACUCGCGCCGCUACUCGGCUGCGAUCAUCAAGGACGUCAAGGAGCAUAUCCUCGACUUUAGCGGAUACCCCACGUUCAAGGACGACGCCGUAAGAAACUGCAUGGUCCUUCUAUCGCUAACGAUAUCUCAUGCGCUGCCGUAG